AUGUCCACAGAGGCGCAUUCACUCCCCUCCCCUUCUAAUGAGCAGGCGUACAUGUAUGUAUCUGCCCUUGAAGCUGGACACCUGAAUGUUCCUUUGAGUCUCAUGGCGGUCGAUCAAUCGGACGGCCCGAUAGAUUUUCCCUCACUCGCAUUCUUCCUGCGUCAUUCCAAAAGCGAUAAGCGGGUCGUUUUCGACCUAGGAAUUCACAGAAACAUCAAAGAGUUUGCACCUGCUGCAAUACAAGUAGUGCCUGAUGUGAAGCAGACUGUGGCAGAGUCUCUGGAGGCUGGUGGAGUUCUCCCUUCCUCAGUUGACUUGGUAAUCCUGAGUCACCUCCAUUGGGAUCACGUCGGAGAUCCCUCCCCAUUUACGACUGCCGAGUUUAUCCUCGGGGAAGGAUCGAAGCAAGCUUUAGCGGACCCUGGUUCCUGCCACAGUCCCAUAGCUUUUUCAUCCAUUCGUCCACCGGAAGACCGUCUACGCUUCGUUACAGCUUCUGACCUCAACGUGGCAAUCGGUCCCUACCCGCAUGCAAUGGAUAUUUUCGGUGAUGGCAGCAUGUAUAUCGUUGAUGCAUCAGGGCACGCUGAUGGACAUAUCAACGUCCUUGCACGCACUUCUGCAGACGGCGCUUGGAUCCUGCUAGGCGCAGAUUCAGCCCAUCACCCUGAUCUGAUCACUGGGAAUAUGCAAAUUGCGUCCCAUGUCGACGCGACAACCGGCGCGGUGACAUGUUCUCACCAGUAUAGGGAAGUUGCAGAGGAAAACAUUCGCAGAAUGAGGUCGUUGUUAGAGAUCCCGAGGGUGCAGGUUCUGGUUGCACAUGAUAUAGUUUGGUAUGAAGAAAACAAGGAUAAAGAGGUAUUCUUACCGCACACAAUACCGCCGCUCGUACAAUGAUGGAUGUCGUAGGAGUCAUGCCCAGAAUAGAUGCUUUGCGCUUAUGACAACACAGGACAAGUGAUUGCAGACUCCACUUACUCGACAUAAUUCAUGAUUCAGACGAGGGUGGCUCAAACAGUAGUCGAUUAAUGUUUUGAUGCCGCAUUUUCCAAAGUGUGUACAGUACAUUAUUAACCAGUCGUUGACCCAGCUUAACCCAUCAAAAUACAAUCCCUACCAAACACUGCGUACUGAAGACCGCU